ACGGCCGUGCUGGCCAAUCACUGGGUAGACGAUGACUGCGCAGCUGGAGACGGUCCAGCCCGUCUUCUCUCUCUGCUGGGUGGACAUUUUGACCUGGUCCUGCAGUCCUGUCGAUCAGGUCACAGGGUCCCCGAGCCCUCCAUGUUCAGCGCUGCUCUGCAGCACCUGGGAGUGACAUCACAACAGGCUCUGUGGCUGGAUGCAGAUGAGGACGGUGUGAAGGCAGCAGAGCGAGCGGGGAUAAAGGCCAUCUUGGUGGAAAAUCUGGAUGACGCACUGAAAAAACUAGCCAUCUUUACUGGGGUUCAGCCUGUUGCAGCACAGAGUCCUCCACCAUCCUGCAGCCCUGACGACGUGUCUCACGGAUACAUCACCAUCAGGCCUGGUGUGAGGACUCAUUAUGUUGAAAUGGGAUCAGGUCCACCUGUUCUGCUGUGUCACGGCUUCCCUGAGAGCUGGUACUCCUGGAGGUACCAGAUUCCCGCCCUGGCAGCAGCCGGCUUCAGGGUGUUGGCUCUGGACAUGAAGGGAUACGGAGAGUCCACAGCGCCCCCAGACAUCGAGGAAUAUUCUCAGGAGCAGAUUUGCAAGGAUUUAAUCACAUUUUUGGACAAAAUGUCGAUACCGCGGGUCACCCUGGUGGGUCACGACUGGGGCGGCGCUCUGGUGUGGACGCUGGCGAGUUGGUACCCUGAGAGAGUCAGUGCGGUGGUGUCCCUCAACACUCCGAUGUUCUCCGUGGAUCCCUCUGAGAGUUUUUCAGAGAAACUGAAGGCGAUUCCCAUAUUUGACUACCAGCUCUACUUCCAAAAAGUGGGCGUAGCCGAGGCCGAGCUGGAGGGAGACUUGGAGAGAACGUUCAAGAUUUUCUUUUUCAGCAGUGCUGAAGCUGCGCAGCGUCCUGCUCUCAGCACUGCAGGAGUCUGUGCUCGAGGUGGUCUGUUUGUGGGUCUGCCGCAGCAGAUUCCCCGCAGCUCCAUGCUGACGGAGGCCGAUCUGCAGUUUUAUGUCAGCCAGUACAGAGAGCGAGGCUUCAGGAGACCGUUGAACUGGUACAGAAAUGGGGACGCGAACUGGAGGUGGAUGUGUUCUCAUCCCACUGGGAAGCUGCUGAUGCCGGCGCUGAUGGUGACGGCAGGUAAAGACCCGGUGCUGCUUCCGGCCCUGACCAAAGGGAUGGAGGACAUGAUCCCCAACCUGAGCAGAGGACACAUUGAGGACUGUGGACACUGGACUCAGAUGGAAAAGCCAGCGGAGACAAACCGCAUCCUGAUAUCAUGGCUUGCAGAGGCGCUCAGGGAGGCCAGAGACGUUACCAUGGCACCCAAACUGUGAGGAGCCAUAAACAGCUAAUCAACGAAUUGAUUAGUGGAAGAAAAUUCAUUCACAGCAACGCCUUUUUUUAAAAAAAAUAAAUAUAUAUAAUCCAGGGUUCCCAUGUCUUCAUGAACAAAAUGUCAAAACUUUUCCAUGACUUUUCAAGGACCCAAUUUUUUGUGUUUUCUAUAAAAAUCAGUGUAAAAAUCACCUACAAUACAAUGACAAAGAGACAUAAAAUCACUUAAGAAAAAAACAAAAUGUCCAAAAAAGACACAAAAUGACUCUAAAAGGACACUAUGUAAUCACAAGGACACAAAAUGACUAAAAGAAGAGAAGAAAUGACCAAAAAAUUAGACAGGACAACCA